GUUUGUUUUGACUGAAAAUGCCGUCGGUUUCGAAAACGGCACUGAGCGGUUCCCCGCAGACCGAGAAACCGACUCAUUACACGUAUCUGAAGGAGUUUCGGACUGAGCAGUGCCCGCUGUUUUUACAACACAAAUGUACUCAGCACAGACCCUUCACCUGUUUCCACUGGCAUUUCCUAAACCAACGCCGCCGCCGACCCAUUCGAAGACGCGAUGGGACAUUUAACUAUAGCCCAGAUGUAUAUUGUACAAAGUAUGAUGAAACCACAGGAAUGUGUCCAGAUGGGGAUGAUUGUCCAUAUUUGCAUAGGACAACGGGCGACACAGAGAGAAAGUAUCACCUACGAUAUUACAAGACCGGUACUUGUAUACAUGAAACAGAUUCUCGAGGACAUUGUGUGAAGAAUGGACCCCAUUGUGCCUUUGCUCAUGGUCCUCAUGACCUUCGACCUCCUGUCUAUGAUAUAAGGGAAAUCCAAGCACAGGAAGCCUUACAGAAUGGGCAGCUUGGGAGUGGUGAAGGGAUUCCUGAUUUGCAGCCAGGAGUCUUAGCUAGCCAAGCAAUGAUAGAGAAGAUCCUCGGAGAGGACCCAAGAUGGCAAGAUACAAACUUUGUACUCGCCAGCUAUAAAACUGACCAGUGUACUAAACCACCCAGACUUUGCCGCCAAGGGUAUGCCUGUCCACAUUAUCAUAAUAGCAGAGACAGAAGACGCAACCCAAGAAAGUUCAAAUACAGAUCCACACCUUGUCCAAGCGUGAAACAUGGAGAUGAGUGGGGAGAGCCAUCAAAAUGUGAUAGUGGGGACAGCUGUCAAUAUUGCCAUUCACGCACUGAGCAGCAGUUCCAUCCUGAGAUUUAUAAGUCUACAAAAUGCAAUGAUGUGAGGCAGACUGGGUACUGUCCAAGAGGACCGUUUUGUGCUUUUGCACAUGUUGAAAGAAUUCCCUCUACUGAAGAUACUAUGAAUGUGAUGAUGCAAUCAAGUAAUUUAAAACAUGCCCCUUCCCUCUAUUCUUCAGACAGUAUAGGCCUUUCCAAUGACUGGAACACUAAUAUGAGUUGUACAAAUAACAUCCUGAACCACAAUGAACAAACCACAAAUAUUUCAUGCUGUAGUAGUCCAACAGUUACCUCCAGCUCAAGGAGCAGUAGCUCCUUCUCGUCUGUUGGAUCCGUAGGCAGGACAAAAUCUUUAGCAAAUGGUUUAUGUUGUGAAUCAACCACCCCAGGUGUCUCUUCACCAGGCUUUAACUAUCCAAGAGCACCAGGUUUUGAGCGAGAAGACCAGGCAAAACACAAGUGCCUGUCUUUGGACAGUAAUCAUAAAAUGAAUGAUCAAGAAAGCAAACAGAGCCAUCUCAGUGUUUUCUCGGUGGUGAACCCACUGGCUUCCAGUAUAACGUCCAGUAUCACAUCUAGCCUGGCAUCCAGUAUUGGCUCAGACAGUUCAUCCCCCACUGCUCUCUCAUCAAGUGUUAACGCCAGAGCACUUCCGUUCUACCCUACUGGUAAUACUGUUGAAUCGGUAAUAGGUUCUGCCCUAGAUCCUUAUUUUAGCAAUAUAAAUGUUGCAUCCUUAGACAAAGAAUUAGAUGACACAGAGAACAGUGACCUGGGAUUAUCAAGUCAGAGGUUGUUGGGAAGUUCAGCUCCAGUAAAUAUUCCAGGUUCUCUUGCCCGUUCCUCCUCUCUGCAUUCAUCCUCUUCUCUCUCAACGUCACCUUUAAGUUCUCUCUCCCAGUCACUGUCACAAUCUUAUCUGUCCUCCAGCAUGGCACCACGCCAGCAGCAGGCACAGACGCUGAAAUCUGAGCACAGCGUCUUAGGCACUUCCUCCUCUUCACACAAUUCAUUAGGUUUGAACGGGGUGACAGGCAGUAUCUGGGACUUUGUCAGUGGGAGUUUCUCUCCCAGUCCAUCCCCAGUGUUCAGUAGUGGUCCUACCAGUUCCACCAGUACAAGCUCAAAUGGCAAUGAACUGACACGAAUUAGGAGAGAGCGUGAUGAGGCCAAGCGGAAAAUAAAAAGAUGGGAAGAUUCCUGGCAGCAAGUAAAACAGGCAUGUGAUGCCUGGCAGAAGGAAGCCCAAGAAGCCAAGGAGCGUGCCAAGGCAGCCGAUGCAGACCGACAGCUAGCAUUAUUACAGAAGGAGGAGGUGGAAGGCAAACUGAAAAAGCUACAAGAAGAAUUUGAUGUCAUCCGUGUAUCUCCACAGUUUUCCACAUUAAGGAAAUACAGCGAUAUGGAAAAGCUUCCUUUACCAAAGUUACAUUCUCUGAAAAGUCAGCUGUGUUCUGACCUAGAAACAAUUGAUGGGUUAAUAUUUCAACUACAUUCCAAGAAAUGUGUGGUUUGCCAUGAAAACGACAGAAGUAUAGUCCUGCAGUCCUGCCAGCAUUACAUAUUAUGUGAACAGUGCGCAUCCAGCAAACCGGAAUGUCCUUACUGCAAGACCAAAAGACUAAAAUGGUGA